AUGAUCUAUCUAUCUAUCUAUCUAUCUAUCUAUCUAUCUAUCUCAGUCCUGGCAAGCCAAACAAUCUAUCUAUCUAUCUAUCUAUCUAUCUAUCUAUCUAUCUGUUCAUAUCAAUCUGUCUAUGUAAUACCUCUCUCUGUCUGUCUGUCUGUCUGUCUUUCUAUCUUUCUCAUUCUAUCUAUCUAUCUAUCUAUCUAUCUAUCUAUCUAUCUAUCUCAUUCUGUUAAUAUCUAUGUGACACUGAGCGGCAAAAGGAGUUCUAUCUAUCUAUCUAUCUAUCUAUCUAUCUCAUUUUGUUCAUAUCUAUCAUUCUGUUCAUAUCUGUCUGUUUUGAACAUAAAUACAUCUAUCUAUCUAUAUAUCUAUCUAUCUAUCUAUCUCAACCUGUUCAUAUCUAUCUAUUUCAGUCUUUCAUAUUCUAUCUAUCUAUCUAUUUUUAAAAUUUUGUUCAUUUCUUUCAAUUUAUCUAUUUGGUCAAAUAGUGGAAUAGAAAUACAUCUAUCUAUCUAUCUAUCUAUCUAUCUAUCUAUCUAUCUGUUCCUAUCUAUCUAUUUCAGUUCUUCAUAUCCAUCUAUCUAUCUAUUUCAGUCUGUUGAUAUCUAUCUAUCUAUCUAUCUAUCUAUCUAUCUAUCUAUCUAUCUAAACAUUCUUUCUUUCUUUCUUUCAUUAAAAGACAUUCUUUCUUUCUUUCAAAAAAAAUCUUUCUUUCCUACUCACUUUCUCACGUUAUUUCGUUCUGAAAAAGUCAUUCUCUUUCCCAAUUUUCAUUCUUUAGAUCUUUCACGUACUAUUCUUUGUUGUUUCUUUCUCGCUUUCUUUCUUUCUUUCUUUCUUUCUUUCUUUCAAAAUUCAUUCCUCUUUACAUUUUCUUUCUGUUGCAUUCUUACUUUCUUUCUUACAUUCAAGUAUCAUAUUUUGCUCUUUCUUUCUUUCUUUCUUUCUUUCUUUCUUUAA